AGGGAAGGGAAGGGAUUCGAGGGAGAAAACUGAAAAGAGAGGAAGGAAAAAGAUGUGUGGGAGAGCUCGUUGUACGCUCAGGGCUGAUGACAUCCCUAGGGCUUGCCACCGUAACAAUGGGCCCGUACGUACUGUUCACAUGGACCGGUACCGUCCAUCCUACAAUGUUUCACCGGGACAAAAUUUUCCUGUUGUUCGUCGGGAAGAUGGAGGUGACGGUGAUGGCGUCGUUCUUCAUUGCAUGAUAUGGGGACUCGUUCCCAGUUUCACUAAGAAGACCGAGAAGCCCGAUCACUACAAAAUGUUUAAUGCCCGAUCUGAGUCCAUAUAUGAAAAGGCUUCUUUCCGGCGCUUAGUCCCGAAGAGUCGGUGCCUUGUGGUAGUAGAAGGAUUCUACGAGUGGAAAAAAGAUGGGCCAAAAAAACAGCCAUACUACAUCCAUUUUAAGGAUGGUCGGCCUCUCGUUUUUGCUGCUCUGUAUGAUUCAUGGGAAAACUCUGAAGGCGAGAUACUCUCCUCAUUUACUAUUCUUACAAGUUCUUCAUCUUCAGCUUUACGUUGGCUGCAUGACAGGAUGCCUGUUAUUUUGGGUGAUAAGGGAUCAAUCAAUACAUGGCUAAAUUGUUCUUCAUCUUCCAAGUUUGAUGAUGUGCUUAAGCCAUACGAAGAUCCAGAUUUAGUCUGGUACCCAGUAACACCUGCAAUGGGUAAGUCAUCUUUUGAUGGACCAGAGUGCAUUAAGGAGAUACAAUUGAAGGCGGAGGGGAAUAAUUUAAUUUCUAAAUUUUUCUCGAAAAAGGGAAUUAAAGAAGAGCAAGAAUCAACCAUAGAGGAGAAAAACUCUUCAGCCGAAACUUUCAGGACCGAUCCAACUAAGAGCUUGAAAAGAGAGACUGAUACAGAGGACAACACAGCAAUUUCGUCCAUUGCUGAUAAAGAAGGCCAAGACUCAAAAUCUAUUACUAUACAUUCUGAAGAUGAUGAGACAGCUAAGUGCCAGAUAAAGAGAGACUAUGAGGCGUUUAAAGCUGGUUUAGAGCCAAUGACUGAUAAUACUGUUAAGCAGUGCUCAACUCCAGCAAGGAAGAAGGGAAACGUGAAGAGUGCCGGUGACAAACAGCCCACCCUACUCUCCUAUUUUGGUAAAAACUAAUGUUUUGGAUCUCUCUACGGACCUCCUAUGUAUAUGCUGCAACGCGUAAACAAAUGUUGUAAAUUUUGUAAUGCUUUCUCACAAACCUGUUCUUCAAGGAAGCAAAGUUUUCAGUUUGUGUCAAAUUGUCAAUGUAGAAAACCCUCCGAUGGCUUUUUG